AUGUCUACUACCACUGAGGAACGUACAUCACAGACUCCAGAACUCAUAAAGAUUAUCCAAUCUUCACCUCCACCGAUGUACCGAAUCGAAAUCUUCACACCAAGCGAGCUGCUCAAGCAGCCCUUCCUGCGUGAGCUCCGGGACGUCAUCAAUGCCAGUUACUAUGAUACCGGUGCCACUCCUUUUGUUAAGACCGGACCCCGGAUCAGAAGCGACACCCAACUUGCCGACGAACUUCAAGAAAGUGGAUUCACUGCAAUUGCAUUUGCUCAAAAUGCGGUCAUCGGCACGGCAAGUUUGAAAGCCUGGUCGCCAGAUUCUGACGACGCUGUGUGGAAACCAUCGGGCUAUUUCGAGCAAUUUUCGGCGGAUGAGAUCUUCUCCGCGAGCACUACCGUGCUGGAUAGCCUUGAUGGUGAAUCCCAAAAUGUGACCUGCGAGGGAGGGUUCGAAGUUGUAGCUGUCGCGAUCAAACCGGAUCCCCGAUAUAGACGGAAAGGCAUUGCAGAAAGCUUGGUCAAGGCAUGUGAGGAGGAACUCAAGAGAAAAAUGUCUCUCGCGGGGUGUACUGACUUGGCUGACUCAUGCAUUAUGGUUAAAUCCAUUCGCGAUAUCAAAGGUGCUUAUUGGCUAAAAAGGGGAUUCCGUGUCGUGGGAGAACAAUAUUGUCCUCCUUUUACCUGGAAUUACAACAAUGGUUUUGUUCUUUGGGCUAUGAAGAGAGAGUUAUCAGUUUAG